AUGGAUGCACAUCACGCCCGCCGCUCGUUGGCGCUUUGACCGUGUUCAUUUGGGCGAAGAAGAGAAUGAGUUUGGAGUUUCGGCUACCCCGAGGUCGAGUGUUGACUCGCUCUCGGAAAACGAUCACGUCGUCACCAAUGACUUUGUCUCGGAAGGUUACGGCAAUUCAAGAAAAUCGUCUGGUGGUGACGAAUCACAAAUGACGCUGUCGCAGAACUCGUCAGGAGAAUCUCAUCCGGGCAAGCGGAUUAAAGCCAGAUGAUUCUUGCCAAUCCCCUACUCGACGGCUCACCCGAGGAGGCGAAAGGUGAACACGUUACACCGUUAAAUGACGAGGUUCGACCGUGCAGUCGAAGCACCACCGCCAACAGUGGUGAUCUUCUGGGUAUUCCAGAAGAGGGCAGUUCGGCCAACGAGGCGGUCACUGCCGUCGAUACACCGACCGAUUCACAGGUGUCUAAAUCACAGAGGAAGGAGAAACGUGCCACCAAAACACUUGGUGUUGUCGUCGGCGUAUUCCUCAUCUGCUGGGUGCCGUUCUUCUUCAUCAACAUUGUAAAUGCUAUCUGUAUUUUGAUGAAAAAAGAAUUCUGCCAGGUUGGCUUCGAUUUAUUCUUCUACUGUACAUGGAUCGGCUACAUGAAUUCAUUUAUGAAUCCGAUUAUUUAUACAAUUUUCAACACUGAAUUUCGUCGCGCAUUUAAGUCGAUUCUCGUGGGCAAAGAUGGCCGAAGUGGUCUACAAAAAGUUUUUCUUCAAAAGCAGGUUCAUGUCUGA